CACUUGAAUUCAUACGCUUCCCAUGCAAUUACGAUUUUGUCCACUCCACACUAAUGUUUGGUAAUCUCAUCACACUCGAAUUCCCCUUCUCAUCGCUGCGCAUUAUAGAUAUUAGCGUAUCAUUAUUUCAAUAGCAUGCUAAUCGGUAUGCUGCCGGUUCAAGUGCUUACACUUCGCGUUUAAAUUCAGUACGCGUGCAAACACAUUACGACUACACGACUACAACAAUUCUGUGCACAAAAAAUUAAUCGAAUUUUUGUAUUUACGUGAAUAAAAUCAUUAUUUUACUUGUAUUUAUAAUAAACCUGGAAAAUAAACAAUUGCAUUGGUGGUUGCAUACGUUAAAAGAAGGAUGUACACUUUAUUUACAAUUGUUUGUUGCAUCGCAACAUUAAAAACAACCGCUGCGUACACAUCAAUGCAGGAUUUCUUCCCGGAAGUAUUUCAACAUGGCAACCUGUCGGAAGUUACCUGGGACCAUGCCGUCAACAGCAAGCAACUGCUGACAGACGCACUCGCAAAUGAUAAACACAUGAUCGAAGCUGAUGUUCUCAUCGGAUACCUGAUAAACUCAAACCCUCGAGAGUUGACUGUUAUCAUGGGCCAUCCACCAAUAAUAAUCUCCGAUCUGAGUUUAGAACAAUUUUUAAACACUGUAAUCGCACACAAUGCGGAUCCAACCAAACGAAAGAAAGGAGUCAAGUUAGAUUUUAAAGGAAGCGACGCCUACGCCAAAGCAAUGUCGGGAGGAUUUCUUUUGAACACCGAUGAGACAGCUUUCCGUGAAGAAUUCACCAAAUUUCCACUCUGGAUCAACGGAGAUAUUGCAAAGGGCCCCGCAGAGAAUUGGAACAACGGGGUCGAUCUGCAACUAGCGCAGAUGAAGUCAAAGCCAGCGGUAAUCAACGCCGCAACAUGGUCCCUCGGCUGGACCACCGGGAAUUACCAAGAAGGAACCACCUACACCAUGGAACAGAUCAACGCGAUGAAGACCACAGUGCAAGGCAUCGCCAAUGUGACGUUCCCGGUGCGCGCCAUGUACGCGGCGAAGAGUCGCGAGGCAAUGGUCGCCCUGCUAGACGUCGGCACUCUGACAAUCUGGUCUGGGAAGCAGGACGACGAGCAUGUGGACGUCGCACAAUUGGCUAAAUUAAUCGCGGACUAUUUGGAUAAAGUUUAUGUCGAUGUGCCCGAUACACUAUGGCAGCGUCUGCGCGACGCAAUGCACUGACGAACUUCUGCGUGCGUUCGCGAAUUUUAUAUGCGCAUAAUUAAGCGAGCGCAAGAUUAAUGGCGAGCAAUAAAGAUUUAUGAGAAGCA